AUGUCUGAAGUUCCACACUAUGUGCUCUACGAGCACGCUGUUGGAUAUGCGUUGAUGAAAAUCAAAGAGUUUGAAGAUGCAGGACUGAUCGUUCAAGAGGUUGACGCUUCUAUUGCUGAUGUUUCGAAAUUCAGUGGUAUCGUGAAACUAGCAGCUUUUGAUCCAUUUAAAAACACCGAAGCUGCUCUGGAAAAUGCUAAUGCUAUCUCGGAAGGUUUGGCUCAUGCGGAUCUCAUCAAUUUUCUUGAGAGCAGUCUUCCUCAAAAGAAGAAGAAGCUGAUUUUGGGUGUUAAUGAUUCGAAGCUUGCCGGUUCGCUAACUGAAGCGAACGUCGGCAUAAAGCUCGUAUUCGGAGGUGUUGUUACCGAGAUUCUGCGUGGAGUUCGUGUUCACUUCGCUCAUCUCGCCAAAGACCUGCCUCAUCAUUCGCUCGCCAAGGCUCAAUUAUCCCUUGGUCAUAGCUAUUCACGCGGAAAGGUGAAAUUCGAUGUCCAUCGUGUGGAUAACAUGGUUAUUCAAUCGAUUGCUCUACUCGAUCAACUCGACAAAGACAUCAAUCUGUUUGGAAUGCGCAUCAGAGAAUGGUAUUCAUACCACUACCCAGAGCUUUUCAAACUUGUUCCGGAUCAGUACAAAUACGCGAGACUGGCUGUCACUAUAUUGGAUCGGAACAAGAUGCACGAGAAUGAGAAUUUACUAGCUGAGAUUACUGAAAUCCUGGAUGGUGAUGAAGAGAAAGCAAAUGAAGUGGUAGAAGCCGCCAGAACAUCAAUGGGUAUGGAUAUAUCGGAUCUGGACCUCGUUAACAUUGAAAGGUUUGCUUCUCGUGUUGCCUCCCUGACAGAAUAUCGUCAACGUCUCCACGAGUACAUCAAGGAUCGUAUGAAUAGUUGUGCCCCAUCAUUGAGUGCUUUAAUUGGAGAGCAGGUUGGGGCUCGUCUCAUAUCCCAUGCAGGAUCCUUGACGAACCUGGCAAAGUAUCCGGCGUCCACUGUUCAAAUACUUGGCGCAGAGAAAGCGUUAUUCCGCGCUUUGAAGACUCGAUCAGCAACGCCUAAGUAUGGUCUCCUGUUCCAUUCGUCUUUUAUUGGACGAGCAUCAGCAAAGAAUAAGGGCAGGAUUUCUCGCUUCCUCGCCAACAAAUGCACUAUAGCUUCAAGAAUUGAUUGCUUCUCAGAGGUCCCCGUGCCAACCUUUGGAGAGUUUCUGAAGGGGCAGGUCGAGGAACGUUUGAAGUACUUCGAAACGGGUGAGGUUCCUCAGAAGAAUUUGGAUGUCAUGGUGAAAGCUCAAGAGGAGGCGAAGGUUGUUCAAGAAAAGGUGCUAAAGAAGAGAAAGAAGGCUGCUAAAAAGGCCAAGAAAAUCCUGGAACAAGCGCAGGGUGAAGGAUCGGAAACUGUGGAGAAAGCGAAGAAGCGGCCAGCGGAACCUACAGCGGAAGAAGAGGAGGUAGUGGAGAAACCAAAGAGGAAGAAAAAGAAGGCGAAGAAGGAAGAGGAGAUGGAAGAGUAG